GGUGUCGUGCCCAAUUCUGGCUGGAAGAGAGGAGGAAAGGGUCCUGGGGGAAGUUGGGAAGUGGGUGGACAAGGGGCCUAGAGUAUCAGUCGGGCCCCUGACCAGGAGCACGGCAGUGUCCCAGUCAUUCAGGCGCCACCUCCUCUCUGUCUCCAUCCCAGCAUCUGGUCCCUCCCUCCACAGUGGAACCCAGGCUGCUGAUAUCCAUCUUGGUGAGCCAGCCAGAGGAACCGGCUGUGCCAGCGACAGGCAAACAAGUAUUAGGGUGCAAGACUGUGGGCGGGGAGAGGGAGCCCGAGCCGCCAGCCUGGAGCUUCGUAAGGAGAGCGCCCAGGAGCAUCCCAGAGAGAGCUGGGCCCUUCCUCAGGCCUACCCUGUCCCCCAGCGCCCUAGCCCUCCGCCCAGCAGCCCAGCCCUGCCCGGCCUUCCGCUUCCCUCCUCCAGGCUCACAGCCGCUGCUGUGGCCCGCGUUGCCCGGGCGUCCCCCCUUCCCUCCCAUCAUGGCAGUGUAUCGCCUAUGUGUGACCACUGGUCCCUACCUGAUGGCUGGCACUCUGGACAACAUUUCUGCCACACUGGUGGGCACGUGUGGUGAGAGCCCCAAGCAGCGGCUGGAUCGAGUGGGCAGGGAUUUCGCGUCUGGAUCGGUACAGAAGUACAAGGUGCGCUGCUCAGCAGAGCUAGGCGAGAUCUUGCUGCUGCGUCUGCACAAGGAGCGCUAUGCUUUCUUCCGCAAGGACCCCUGGUACUGCAGCCGCAUCUGUGUCACUGCCCCUGAUGGUACCGUUUCCCACUUCCCCUGCUAUCAGUGGAUUGAGGGCUACUGCACCGUGGAGCUGCGGCCAGGAACAGCAAGAACUAUUUGUCAGGACUCCCUUCCCCUCCUUCUGGAUCACAGGAAGCGGGAGCUCCAGGCCCGACAAGAAUGCUACCGCUGGAAGAUCUAUGCCCCUGGCUUCCCCCGCAUGAUGGACGUCAACAGCUUUGAGGAGAUAGAAUCAGACAAGAAAUUUGCCUUGACCAAGAUGGCCCCUUGUGCAGCCCAGGGUGAAAGCAGUGGGAAUCGGUACCUACCCGGCUUCCCCAUGAAAAUUGACAUCCCGUCUCUGCUGCACAUGGAGCCCAAUAUUCGCUACUCAGUCACCAAGACGACCUCGCUGCUCUUCAAUGCCAUCCCUGCGUCCUUGGGCAUGAAGCUUCGAGGACUGCUGGACCGCAAGGGCACCUGGAAGAAGCUAGAUGACAUACGGAACAUCUUCUGGUGCCACAAGACCUUCACUUCAGAGUAUGUUACAGAGCACUGGUGUGAGGACCACUUCUUUGGGUACCAGUACCUGAAUGGCGUCAAUCCUGUCAUGCUCCAUUGCCUCUCCAGCUUGCCCAGCAAGCUGCCCGUCACCAAUGACAUGGUAGCUCCCUUGCUGGGACCGGACACUUGCCUGCAGACAGAGCUAGAGAGGGGGAACAUCUUCCUUGCGGACUAUUGGAUCCUGGCGGAGGCCCCGGUCCAUUGCCUAAACGGCCGCCAGCAGUACGUGGCCGCCCCGCUCUGCCUGUUGUGGCUCAACCCCCAGGGGGCGCUGGUGCCCGUGGCCAUCCAGCUCAGCCAGAUCCCUGGGCCCGAUAGCCCUAUCUUUCUGCCCACUGACUCCUAUUGGGACUGGCUGCUGGCCAAGACGUGGGUGCGCAACUCUGAGUUCUUGGUGCAUGAGAACAACACGCACUUUUUGUGCACGCAUUUGCUGUGCGAGGCCUUCGCCAUGGCCACGCUGCGUCAGCUGCCGCUCUGCCAUCCUAUCUACAAGCUCCUCCUUCCCCACACUCGCUACACGCUGCAGGUGAACACCAUCGCAAGGGCCACGCUGCUCAACCCUGAGGGCCUCGUGGACAAGGUCACGUCCAUCGGGAGGCAAGGCCUCCUCUACCUCAUGAGCACCGGUCUGGCCCACUUCACCUACACCAAUUUCUGCCUUCCGGACAGCCUGCGGGCCCGCGGCGUCCUGGCCAUCCCCAACUACCACUACCGAGACGACGGCCUGAAGAUCUGGGCGGCUAUUGAGAGCUUUGUCUCGGAGAUUGUGGGCUACUAUUAUCCCAGUGAUGCAUCUGUGCAGCAGGAUUCAGAGCUGCAGGCCUGGGUCGGCGAGAUUUUUGCUCAGGCGUUCCUGGGCAGGGAGAGCUCAGGCUUCCCAAGCCGGCUGUGCACCCCAGGAGAACUGGUGAAGUUCCUCACUGCAAUCAUCUUCAACUGCUCCGCCCAGCAUGCUGCCGUCAACAGUGGGCAGCAUGACUUCGGGGCCUGGAUGCCCAAUGCCCCAUCAUCCAUGAGGCAGCCCCCACCCCAGACCAAGGGGACAACCACCUUGAAGAGUUACCUAAACACCCUCCCAGAAGUGAACAUCACUUGUAACAACCUUCUCCUCUUCUGGUUGGUCAGCCAAGAGCCCAAGGACCAGAGGCCCCUGGGCACCUACCCGGACGAGCACUUCACCGACGAGGCCCCGCGGAGGAGCAUCGCCACCUUCCAGAGCCGCCUGGCGCAGAUCUCCAGGGACAUCCAGGAGCGAAACCAGGGCCUGGCACUGCCCUACACCUACCUAGACCCUCCCCUCAUUGAGAACAGCGUCUCCAUCUAGCCCCCUCCUCAAACCAUCACAAGAAAAAGAAAGAUCAAACCAUGAGCAGGGCCAGCUUCUCGGGGUCCUCCAGACCCUUCCAGCCUCCCUGUUCUCAGUCAGCCCCACCCUUCUCCUCUGCAGUGUGGACCUUCUCUAGCUAAGACGGUUUUAGCAUCUUAUGAACUGGUCUCUGGGCUGUGAGGGGCCUGUACCGACUGCAGCAUCCAGGGACAGAAGCCGCUGACCAAAGUCAAAUGCACAAUAGGCCCCUCUGAAAGGAAGGAGCCCCUUCCCCCUUGCCCUACUCUGGGCAGCCUCCAGUUCCAGCCUCUUGUGGGAAUCUACCUCCUCUCAUUGGGAUGCCCAGCUUGGGUUUCUGAGCUCUCCCUCCCAAACUUUUUCUCCUACCUGUGCCUUUUUGUUUCCCCUUCCCUAGUACCAACCAACCCAGUUGCCUUCUCUGGAAGAGUGUGGAAAGAAGGGAUGUGUGCCUGGAUCUGAUGUGUGGUCCCCUUUGCCCCUGGCAUCUGUAAGGGGAGCAGAAGAGUCAGAGCCGGUUCACCUAGACCUCUAGCUGCAGUUCUCAGGGGUAGGCUCCCUGGCCUGGACGUGUAUGUGGGGAUCUCUCUCCAGCUCUCAUCCUACCCACUUUCACCCCAUUUUUUUCUUUUUGUCCUGGAGCCCAGCGAGUUCAAUAAAAACCAACGUAUUUGGCUCCCA